AAUUCUAAAUCGAACCGUUGGAACGUUGAUCCCGUAUCCGACUGGCCGAAACCACUUGCUCCUUUUCCUACGAGCAUCUCUCUUUUUUCCCUCCCACUAUAAAUCAAGUGAGAGCUCUGAAAUCCCAGCAAAAGCCCGCCCUCAUUUUUACGUUCCGCGCCUCUUCCCGGCCUCUUCAGCUCACCUCCUUCGUUAUCUUAUCCUUCUCCUUCGGUUCGACGCCGUCUUACUUCUUCCUCUGCCGUUUUUUAGGGUUUCAGCGCAAUUUUCUUCAAAUUGUUUUCCGUGAUUCUGAAGAAACAAGCUACUAUUUAGAUUUAAGAGCCAAAAGUUACAGAAGAACUCUAGAGUUUUCAGCAAUGGAAACCGAUGAAACGCCACGUGUGCUUCCCUUCCAGCUUCAAUUCGACAAACCUGUUGCCUCUCAGGUUAAACUUGCGGAAUGGAAUCCGGAGAAAGAUUUACUGGCUAUGGUUACUGAGGACUCCAAGAUUUUGCUGCAUCGUUUCAAUUGGCAAAGACUCUGGACAAUUUCUCCUGGAAGGUGCAUCACAUCCUUAUGUUGGCGUCCAGAUGGUAAAGCGAUAGCGGUUGGGCUCGAGGACGGCACGAUUUCAUUGCAUGAUGUUGAAAAUGGAAAGUUGUUGAGAAGCUUAAAGUCUCACACUGUUGCUGUCAUGUACCUAAACUGGGAGGAGGACGGACAAGUGACUAGAGAUGAUUCUAUUAGCAAUUCAAAUUAUGAAGAUCGCACUUCUCGUUUUUUCCCCCCUGCUCCAAGAGUUCCUCGGAUGCCUGGACUGGUACCUGGAGAUACUGGCUUCAUGGAUGAUAGUGAAGAUUCAUUCCGAGAGCUUUCAAAUUCUUCAUACCAACGUUUUAACAUUUUAUGCAGCGGUGACAAAGAUGGAAGCAUAUGCUUUAGUAUAUUUGGAAUAUUUCCAAUAGGGAAAAUAAACAUACACAAGUUGUCUAUUCCUACUCCCUUUGCAAAUGAGGAAGCUACUUACAGACUUCUUAAUGCUUCCAUUUCCAAGGUUGCUUUGUCAAAAGACCUUUGUCAUUUGAUAGUAAUGUGUUCCGGAGAACUUAAUCAAGAUGAGGUUGAAUCACCAGAGAGAAAGCUGUGUAUACAUGGUUUGCAUGGCUUGCAUUGCUUACUGCUCGAUACUUCUAUCUUUUGGAAGAGGAAAAAUGAACUCCAUCAAGUGGCCCAACAAGCUUCUAACAUUGAGGAUUUAAUUGAAGUUAUCCGUACAUCAUUAUCCAUAAUGUCCAAGCAGUGGUCAGAUGCCAUGCACACUUUUCAUGAGAAGUUUGAUUCUCUAUCUAGUUUAAUAAUUGACCAUGGGUUGGACUCGUCUCCCCAAGAGGAGUUUCUGAGCCUUCUAGGUGGUGCUCGAACUAGUCCACCAGUUCAUCAGUUUCUUGUUAACUCUCUGGGUGAAUUGGGAGUGAAGCGUGUGUCAAAGGUCGUUUGUGGUGCUGGAAAAGAGCUUCAGAAUAUUGUUCUUGAUCAUCUUCAGCCUGCUGCAGAAAUUAUUGUAUUCAGGAUGGGAGAGCUAAGAGGUCUUUCAAGAUGGCGAACUCGUUUUAAGGGUAUUGGCCUGGAUGAGACUCUGAUUGAUAAUGCAACAGAAAAAUCUGGAAUGUUACUAGUACAAGUUGAGCGGUUUAUGAGGGUGCUUUCCUCUGUGGUACAGCAGUUUUCAAAUUUCUUUAAUUGGCUACUAAAAUGUAUAAAGCUACUUAUGCAAGAGCCAAGUGAUCAGCUUCUACCCUAUAAUAGCGAACUUCUUGUUAUAUUCCUGAAGUUUUUAUACGACCAAGAUCCUAUUAAGCCCUUUCUGGAGCCAUCUGAAGUUGAUAUUGAAACUGAUAUGGAAACACUGCAAAGAGUUAGAGAGUUGGUUCAUUUUGGGGGAUUUUCAGAUUGUGGAUAUCUGCGAAGGACAUUAGCAGAGGAAUUUCAACAGAUGGAGUCUAGUUUCAAGGAGGCUUUCCUUAUGCCUUUUACUACAAUUUCAUGUAAGAUACUUUGUAAGGGUGUGCUACCACUAUUUGCUCUCCCAUCUUCACCAGCAUCCAUGUCUUUAAGUCUUCCUAUGUCGGUAACAUACUACAAGGUUUGUAUCUUGUUUGAUUCUUCUGCAACGAUGUUUUCUCUUUUCUUGUUGAAGGAUGGCUCCACAACUUUAUCACCUUAUCAGACUCGUGAACAUGGGUUUAUUGAUUAUAUUUCUUUCCAAAUACCUGGUGACUCUUCCUCAGACAUUGCUAAUUGUAUAGGCAUAUCAAGGGGAUUCAUGCAUAGUUUGAGCAAUAGUACUGAGGAGUCUAAUCUGGAAGCUAUUUUGCUUUCUGUUCCUGAUGGUUAUCACUGUGUGGAUCUAUCUUUAUAUAAGGAAGGUCAAAUUGUUUUGUUAUUAAAUGAAACAACCGCUGCUUCUGAAAGCUCUGGAGAAUCUUGUAUGAUGAUCGUCCAAGCUAAUGAUCUCCCAUUUGUGUCUAUUUCUAGAUCCACUUUUAUAGACCUUUGGAACUUAAAUCAGCUAAAGGACUCUGUUCGGUACUUACAACUGGAGAAUGAAAAGGUUCGAAUUAUUCCUCACUCUGUCGUCGCUCCUCUGGCAGUUAGUGCAUCUAGAGGCGUAGCUUGUGUUUUUGCUGCAAGAAAGCGUGCCUUGGUCUACAUACUGGAUGAAGAUGAAGAUAAUGUUUCGGAUACCGAAUGACUGUUCCCUCUGACGUUCAUCAUAUUUCUCUGCAAACUUUUUGUCAACUAUAAGAAAAAAAAUUGUUAUAUAUAUAUAUAUAUAUUUAUAUAUUUAUAUAUUAUAGAGAUUGUAUUGCACUAACGCCGAAUCUUAGGGUUCUAGUUUGAGAGAUUAGUUGGCAGAC